AUGACAAAAAAUGCAGGACAACGUUUUUCACGAUUAUGUCUCAGUGGUGAGAUUGUUCAUAUUCCUACGGUUAUGCUAGAAGAGCAUUUGCAAGAAGCUAUUAAUGAAUUUCUGAGAAAGCAAUUUCUCAUUUCUCUCUAUGAUUUUUACCGCGAUGUUUUUAUCAAUGCUUAUUUAUGUCAACAGGAGGAUAUAUUUCGAGCUGUUGUGACAAAAGAUGCAUUCCGAAGUCUUAGCGUUGAUACGCAGGAUUAUCUUAAACGCUUCCUACCCAAAUAUGAUGGAUCAGUGAAUGAUGAAGAAAAAGUUCUAGACACUGUAUUUUCGGCUAGCCCAAAUGUGUAUUUUGGCAACCCAGUAGAAAAAUUUCUUAGUAAACUACGACAAGGUUUGUUAAAUCCAGUGAAGAGUUCCGAUCAAGCCCAUCUACGUGACAAUCGGAGAGUUCUGUAUGAUCAUUAUAUACGCCAUUAUUAUAUGACUGUUUUUAAAUCUGCUCUAAUUUCUCGAAAUAAAGAAUUAACAAAGCUUGCUUCUUCAAGUCCAUCUGGUAAACUUACAAUAAAUAAGCUGCUGAGUACUCACUCCUUGCGUAAGUCGAAAAUAACAAAACGAAUCAAGUGGCGUACCCAAGCUCGUUUGAAACUGCAAGCUUCAAAAUAUAUUUUAAAAAUUUUCUCAUUUUUUCUUAUAAUACUGGACCGAGUACGGGAAGAAGCAGGAGAUAAUGCUGACAUUUCUUCAGAUGAAGAAGAAUUUGGUGAUUCAAACAAAAUCCCAAUGACUCGCGCUGGCCAGAGCACUUUAUUUUCUCCUAAUUUCACUGAUUAUGAUUUGCACCAACCAGUUUAUAUGGAUGACGUAAAACGAAUGUUAAAGGACUACAAAAAUCUGAAGGAGGAGAAACCUGAUUCGCCGUCUUUGGACAUUUCGGGUAUAUGUAUUGAAGAUGUUUAUGAAAGAGCGGGUGUAGCUUGUAUUGCUGAAAGGAAUUUAUCAGCUGAAGUUUCGGAAGCCAUGAAAUUGCCUUUUAAGUCCCUAAAAUGA